AGUAGCCCAGGUUUCUAGAAGGUUUAAUAGCAACAAGUGUAGGACAUAUAAAAAUUUUCUAAAAUUAUAAUAAUAUGCUGCAAAAACUUUUCACAACUUGCAGCAAGGUGCCUGCUGAGAUUUUGCUCUCACUGUCCCAUGGAGACUAUCUUCCUUGACAAGUACGUUCGAAAAGGAUGGCUUCUAAGGACUUGAGAAAGAUUGUCUCGGGUUGUAAAACAGGAAAGAGGCUUUUCAAAAUGUUUACCUCUCAAAGGAGCAGAGAAGAACUUAUGGCAAGAAACUGCCUAAAGGAAGUGCCUUAAGGAAAGAGAGGCCUUCACUGAUGGAUGACCUCUCUAAAGCAAAUGGCACUUUUGCCAUCAACUUAUUAAAAAUGUUGGGUGAAAAGGACAACUCGCGAAACGUGUUCUUCUCUCCUCUGAGCCUUUCCUCUGCCCUGACCAUGGUCUUAAUGGGGGCCAAAGGAAACACUGCAGCCCAGGUAUCCCAGGCACUUUGUUUGAACAAAGUUGGAGAUGUUCACCAAGGUUUCCAAUCACUUCUCAUGGCAUUGAACAAAUCUGGCCCUCAGUGCUUGCUUAGAACUGCCAACAGACUCUUUGGAGAAAAGACGUGUGAUUUCCUGCCAGCUUUUAAGGAAUCCUGCCAGAAGUUCUAUCAGGCAGACCUAGAGGAGCUGCCCUUUGCUGAAGACGCUGAAGAAUGCAGGAAACACAUAAAUGACUGGGUGAUGGAGAAGACUGAAAAAAAGAUUUCAGAUAUACUGGGUGCUGGGGCAGUCGGUCCUCUGACCAAGCUGGUCCUUGUGAAUGCGAUCUAUUUCAAAGGAAAGUGGAACGAGCAGUUUGAUAGAAAGCACACGAGGGGAAUGCCCUUUAAAACCAACAAGGAGAAGAAGACAGUGCAGAUGAUGUUUAAGGAAGCUAAAUUUAAAAUGGGGUAUGUAGAGGAGGUGCAUGCCCAGGUCCUGGAGCUGCCCUACGUCGGGGCGGAGCUGAGCCUGCUCAUUCUGCUGCCUGAUGACAACAUGGAUCUCGCCGUGGUGGAGAAAGCACUUACAUAUGAGAAGUUCAGAGCCUGGACAAAUCCAGAAAAGUUGACUAAGGAUAAAGUUCAAGUUUUUCUUCCCAGAUUAAAGCUGGAGGAGAGUUAUGACUUGGAGGCUUUUCUUCGAAGUUUAGGAAUGACUGAUGCUUUUGAGGAAGCUAAGGCAGACUUUUCUGGAAUGUCAGCCAAGAAGAACAUGCCCAUAUCCAAGGUCGCCCACAAGUGCUUUGUAGAGGUCAAUGAGGAGGGCACCGAGGCAGCUGCGGCCACUGCCGUGGUCAGGAACUCCCGGUGCAUCAGCACUGAACCAAGAUUUUGUGCAGACCACCCUUUCCUUUUCUUCAUCAGGCAUCAUGAAACCAACAGCAUUUUGUUCUGCGGCAGGUUCUCUUCUCCAUAAAGAGGAGUGAUCGCUGUACAUCACUCUUCUCACUUCUGCCCACCCUACCUUACUUCAAAUUCCCUGUGGCCAAAUGGGUGCGGUGGUUUGGAUGCCAAAAUAAAGUGUGAUUGUGAUAACAGGACCC